CAACACCAACGUUAGCGAAUGAUUACGGGUCGUGUCCGGUCCGUUCCCCGUUAUUUGAUAUUACCGAAAACCGACACAUUUCUCUCCCUCUCUCUCAGUCUCACCUGCUGUACCGUAUUAAUUACCAUUUCCCGUUCACCCUCUUCUUCUUGUCCCCUUUCUCUCUCAUGACCGGCACUGCACUUGCACUGCACUGCACUUCACUUUCUCUCUCUACUCUUCUCCUUCUACUUCAUCUUCCACUCGCGCCAUCAGAAAAUCCAUUCGAGCCUCCCCGAUGGGCCAAGUUCCGUCUUGUUCCUCCUCCUCCUCCUCCUCGUGCCGGUCGCUUUCGGCCGUCGCCACCGUCGACGGCCACGCCCGCGAUGCCUCCUCCGCCGCCGACCGCUUCGACCUCACGCUGGGCUUGCCCGACGAGUGCCUCGCCUCCGUCUUCGCCCUCCUCGGCUCCGACGACCGAGGCUCCUGCUCCCUCGUCUGCCGCCGUUGGCACCUCGUCGACGCCCGGUCGCGGCAGCGCCUCGCCCUCGUCGCCCGCUCCGAGAUUGCCCCGUCGCUCCCGCCGCUGCUCCGCCGGUUCGGCUCCGUCUCGGUGCUCUCCCUCAAGUGCUCCCGCAAGCUCGUGAGCAUCGGCGACGAGGCGCUCGCCCGGGUCGCGGCCUCGCUGCCGUCCCUCAAGAAGCUCAAGCUCAAGGGCUGCGUCGACGUCUCCGACGACGGGCUCCGCGCCUUCUCGCUCCGGCGGCCCCCGGCGCUGGAGAAGGUCUCGCUCGCCGCCUGCGGGUUCGGCGCGCGGGGGAUCGUCUCGCUGCUCUGCAACUGCCCGUCGCUCCGCGACCUCACGCUCAAGCGGCUGCGCAAGCUCGACGCGCAGAGCACGCCUCUCUCCAUCGACGCGUACUACGACCGCGACGAUGACGACGCGGCGAACGACGCGAACGCGUCGAAGAAGAAGAAGAAGCGAGUGGACUUUCAGCUGGAGCGACUGUGCAUCAAGGACCUGCACAACGCUCGCCUCUUCAUCCCUCUUCUCUGCUCCUCGAAGCCAUUGAAGAGCCUCGUCGUUUGCAGGUUGACCGCGAUCGCGGGUUCCUGCCCCGAUUUGGACACUCUGUACCUGAGCCGAGUUACAGAUUGCUCCGACGAGGGUCUAUCGGCGAUCGCCGGCUCCUGCAAGAAGCUGAGGAAGCUCCACAUCGACGCGUGGACCCGGUUCGGGGGACGAACCAUCGGCGAGGAGGGGAUCGCGGCCCUGGCCGCGAAAUGCUCGCGCCUCCAGGAGCUCGUCCUGAUGGGGAUCCCGAUCAAGGCUCCUUCCCUCGGGCUGCUGGCCUCCAACUGCCCGUGCCUCGAGAGGGUGGCGCUGUGCAACACCGACUCGGUCGGGGACCAGGAGAUGGAGGCUAUAGCGGCCAAGUUCGGGGCAAUGAAGAAGCUCUGCAUCAAGAACUGCCCGAUCACGGCGAGGGGCAUCGAGGCGGUGGUCGCGGGUUGCGCGGGCCUGGUGAAGCUGAAGGUGAAGAGGUGCCGGGGAAUCGGCCAGGAGAGCGUGAGCCACUUGAGGGGGAGGAGGGGCGGGCUGGUGAUCUCGGUGGACGCGGGGUCGUUGGUGUUCGACGGGGCUGAGGGAGGAGGUGCCGGUACGGAGAACGAAGGAGGAGGAGGAGGCGACGAAGAAGGGCGGCGGAGGAGUGGAAGAAGAAGGGACAAUGCCGCCGGCGAUGGAGGCGGCGGUCCGACCGGUGCGAGGACUAGUGCCACGCAUGUGAUCUGCAGUAGCAGAAGCGCGCUUCUGCUGAGGUCCAAGUUUGGGAGCAGGAACGCCUCUCGUUCUUGAUUUGGAUGCUCUUGGUUUCUUCUAAUUUUUCAUUAAAUUGAAUUCCCUUUUGUCCCCCUUUUUCUCGAUUAAUUUAGAUGAUGCUUCAUUUUCUCCGAAGCUAUGAAAAAUCUACUCGGGUGAAGUUUGAGAAUCGAA